AAAAAACAUAAGGUCGAGAUCUUGCAAAAUGUGAGCGACCAAGUCUUGAAUUUUCAAGAAAAAUUAACUGAAAAAAUAAAAAAGGAGCCUUUAUUGAAAUUUAUAGCUGUACUUGAUGAGAGUAAUGAUAGACAAAGUGUAAAAGACUAUUAUGAACCAUCAGAUUCUGCUAAUAAAAGGAAGAUAACCAAUCUCUUUUUUUCAGAUGAUGAGGGACAAAUGACCCAUUGUUAUAAAAAAACGAAAAAAAAGAAAUUACCAUUCUGGAAUAAGGAAUAUAUUGCCUGA